AUGCUUGCACGCACGCCGUCUCCGCAUUUCGAUACACUCGAGUCGCUGAUUACAUAUCUUUCCGAUAACCCAGAGCGCGAGCCCAUUGCGGCCGAACUAGGCGCUCUGCAAUCAAUUUACGGCGACGAUGCCGUCCGACUAUGGCAUCCGCCAUCACCCCCCGGUGCCGAUCACGCCCAGCAUGCGCAAAUGAAUGGCGGAGAGAAGGGAACGAUCAGGUAUGAAGUAAGCGUCAGUAUUGCUGCACCAGCGGACCCGGACUCGGAGUAUCCGCUUACGGUUCUCGUGUCAUUACCACCUGCAUAUCCUGUCGAGGCUCCACCUCAGCUGCAACUGCUCUCUCGAUACCUCGGUCCCUUUGGCGUCGAUGCGGCGUUAUUUGGUGCUGUGCUCCGGACGUAUAUUUCGCGUGACGCCGUAGAAUGGACGGCGGGCGGCGUCUGUGUCUUUGAUGGCGUGGAGUGGGUACGAGAGAGAUGCGCGAUAUGGGCGGGUGAGCGAUUGAGUGCGGCAAGGAUUGGUGAGUUGAUUCGGGAGGACGAGCGACCGGUUGUGAGCAUCGAGAGACCAAGUGAUGCGGGUAGGGAAGAAGAGACAGUGGAAGAUCGUCAACAAGAUAUUCAGAUGCCAAACGAUAUUGAACUCGUAGUUUCCGAUCCCAUUGUGGAUCGAAAGAGUGUGUUCAUUGGAAGAGCAUGUAGGAUAUCAGAUCCUGCGCAGGUUCCCACCAUUCUUGCACAUUUGAUGUCGGAUCGCAAGAUUGCCCGCGCCGCACAUCCCAUAAUCAACGCCUGGCGUUGUCGGCUCGGUAACACUCUCCAUCAAGACAAUGACGAUGAUGGGGAGACCGCCGCUGGUGGACGCCUAGCGCAUUUACUUCAGAUUCUUGAAGUUGAGAAUGUCCUUGUCGUGGUAACGCGCUACUUUGGCGGAAUUCACCUCGGCCCGGAUCGCUUCAAGCACAUUAAUCAGGCCGCACGUAAUGCUCUUGAACUUGGAAGAUUCCUUGAUAUACCUGAACCGGAAUCACAUGGGGCUGGCAGGAGAAAAGGAAAGGCGGGAUCUAAGAGAUGA